UUCCAUAUAUAUUAACAGCAAUAUAGUUUUUGAAAUGGUUGUUCAACAAAACACUGAUUUUCAAGCAUUAUCUUCAUACUUGCUUGAUUCUAAAGUCCAUGUUGAAUCCAAAAUUGAAAAAUUGGGUGUUUUAAAAGACAAGGAUUAUCUGGUAGAUUCCAACAAAAAGUUGCAGUUUCUUUUAGACUGGAUUUGUUCAACAAUAGAUUUCCAAUCAAAAUCUGACAAAUUAAUUGCUGCUAAUAUUGAUCAGAUUAAAAGUUUACUUUCAUUGCUUUGUGCUUAUUUGUCAAAACCCUGGAAGUUACAGUGUCUCCUUAAGUUGAAUCUUCUUGAGGUUUUAACAAAGUUCUGCAGGGAAGAUUUAUCCAUUGGUAAUGAUCUUGUUUUAUGUGUUUGGCAUGAUGUUCUUCAGUAUCAAGUUUUAAAACAGCCACUUGCUUUGAAAUUAAACUUACUGGUAGAAGUUAUUUCAUAUGUUGCUGAUCAGAUUAUGAAAAGUGAUAUAUCAGAGAGGACCAUUUUUGUUAUGUUUUCUUUGCUCUCCCUCUAUAUCAAGCAUAUCAAAAGUCAGUACAAUUUUAAAAAGCUUUUUUUGCAAUUUUGCGACAAACUCUUUGUAAAAUUGUUAUUAGUAAGAUGUCUACUCCACAACAACUCAGAAAAUAUAUGCUUGUCUAUUGAUGAAAUAUUCAAAAAAGUUCUUCUACACAGAGAUCAUAUGAACAGUUUAAAAAUGUGUCGAAAUCGAAAGCACAAUGAAGAUGAAAAUAAUGAUCCAGUUUGUAAAAAAAAGAAAUUAGAAAAUGACUUAUAUUUUAAAAUAUUUUUCGAGAAAAUGGAUUCAAUUGAAAUAAAGUUUCAAUGCUAUCUUCUGAAGUUUGUUCCUGUUUUAUACAAAAUGUUUAUUGUUUCAUUUAGGAAGUCUAAUUCUGCUUCUAAUUUGGGUUACAAUGAAAUGUUUGAUCUUCUUAAGCACUUUGACUUCUAUUGUCAAAUAAAAAACAAUAUGUUAAUUGAAAACAGAUCGCUCGCUGUCAAAUGUUUAGAAGAGUUAUUAAAAGUUAUUGCAGAAUAUGAUAUUUACCAGCGUGUAGAGGAUAGAUCAAACAGUUACCCUUUUUAUAACUGGAUGGUAGAUAUGUUGCACUCAACACUUUUAAAUUUUCAUAAUAGCAAGAAUGAAAAUGAUCAAGUAUCAGUACUAAAUACAAUAUCACUGUUUUUGAAGAUAGAUCACUUAGUGAUAGAAAGUUUUCUUAACCAAAUCUGGAUAUUUUGUCUAGAUGAGAAAUCUAUUUCUGCCACAAAAGAAGCAGAGCUUUUGCUCUGUGAAUUACUUACUGUUUAUCAUAAGUUGCAUCAGCUCGAUAAACUUAUGUUGACAUUAACUGUUAAUUCGCAUAUUAAAGAUAUCUUGUUUCCUGAGACAUUUAUUGAAAAAUAUUCAAUAAUAAUAUCUGAGCUAGAGCUGCCACAAGUGUGUUCUCUUUGUGAUAUAUUUCUACAAAAACUCAAACAAAUAACAACGACUUCAGUAAAAACAGAGUAUUUUAAUUUGGAAAUUGAAGCUUUUUUAUUAUGCUAUCUGGUUAUUAUCAAUGCAACGGUAGUUCCAGUGAAUGGUUAUAUGAAACCUGCUUUAAAAACAUUUACAGAAAUUUUACACUCACUAAAUAAUGAAGCCAUAAGAUUGCAAGCUAUGCAAAUAAAAAACAAAAAAUUGCAGAUAAAAGUUUGUAACACUUUACUAUUGGUGAAAUAUAGUGUUGUUGGUGUUCAACUUCUUUUGCAACAGUAUUCACUUUACUCUAUGGAAACAGAUUUGACACUUGAUGUUAUAAAAGAUAACGAUUCACCAAUUCAAAAAUACAUUAAGGCUUGUUUACUGGUUUUUACGCUUCAAAAUAGUGGUAGUACAGAUCAGCUGAUCGACUUGUUUAAUCAGUAUUUUACAGAUAAGAUGUGUUUAGACUCCUAUGGGCUCUCUUCAAAAUAUAAUGUGCUCAAAAUAACCGAGGAGAACCUUUCAAUUUAUUUAUUCAGAAUAUUAGAAGAUAAUUUUUCAGUUUUUUUGAAAAUGAAUGCAAAAGCUAUCAUUAAUAGAUAUACAUAUGCAUCAUGGCUUGUUCAUUUAAGCAACAACAACAACUGUUUAUCUUUGCAAGUAUUAGAACACUAUAAUAACAAUGAAUUUCAAAGCUCUUUGAUAAAUUCUAUAAUAGAAUCAUUUAAUCAAAAUAUAGCUGUCAAGUUUGUCAGUGAAUUAAAUUUAAGUGAAAAUAGUUAUCCCAAAAUUGAUGUAUAUUUGUUGAUUCAAAGAUUAAACUGUUUGCCAUUGAACUAUUUUACAGAAUCAAAUCUGCUUAUAUUAUCGUGUUUAGUUUUGCACAUUCUUAAACAAUCAAAUACUAAGACAAAUAUAGCCUGUUUAGAUUGCUUGCAGACUAUUGUUGGAAAUAUAUUGGUUCUUUCCUAUAAUAAAAGUACAGUUGCUUUUCAUGAAAUUUUAGAACAUGGUUUAAAGUUUUCAUUGUCGUUGGAAAAGCAUGAAAGUUGGGAGAAUGAAGUUUUAUUUUUUGAUACAUUAUUUCAUGCAGUUAUUAAGUUUUCUAAUAAAGACAAUACUUCAAAUGCUGACAUUAUUAAAACCAUUUGCUCAUCUCUUGAUGCUCUCAAUUUCAAAAUGUUUGUCAUUCUUGAAAAUCUUUUUCAACUGAUGGCUACAUUACUCUCCGAUCCACUGAUUACAUCACGAAGUGAACAAGUUGUUUAUCUUUAUUUGGCAAAUAUUGGAAAACAUGUUGUAAACUAUUUAAAAAAAAGUGAUUUUGAAAAUGAAUCAAUAUUGUUGUUUAUUUCAUUAUGUAAAACUGUUCAGAUAGUCCAACUUAAAAGGGCAGAAAAAAGUCCUUUAAUAAUGUUAGAAGAUGAUCUAGUGGAUAUUUUUUCUCAUAAUGCAUGUAAACUGAUAAAAAAGUUAGAGUUGAAGGAGUUUGAUCUUCAAGUUCAGCAACUUGAAUUGCUUCAACUAUUAUAUUCAUCGCCUCUUGAGUUUACACUUAGACUUCGUUCAAUGAUUCUGUCAACUGAAUGUCUUUUUGUAUCUAAAUUACUCAGCUUUAAAAAACCUUUAGAAGAAUCAAUUCUAAGCCAAAAUUCACUUGAAUUAUAUACUCAGAAAAGAAAUAAUUUGGUAUCUUCCAUUGUACUUACAGCAGAUACCCAAAAGAUGCAUACAUUGUUAACUUUGUUAAGUGAUGCAUAUGUAGAAUCAUUGACAAAUGAAGAGGGUUCAAAUAUAGUUUUAAUAUGGACCAUUAUUUUAAAAUCGAAAUGGAGUAAAGAAAAAAAAACUGUGCUGUGGAAUUUUUUACCAAAGGUGAUAAUGGUAAGCAUUCAUCUACUUUCAAAAGCUCAUAAAUGUGACCAAGUUGUUUCUUCACUAAAGCAACUUAUUGCUGUUGUCAAUAUAACAAAGAACUCAUUAAUGUCGCAGUAUAUCAAUUGCAUUUUCCAUGUGUUUCCUACUCUUCAUUUUAUCUUGAAGUUGUUAAAUAAUGAAAGGUUUACAGAGAUAUUUGGUUUAAUGUUUGAGUUAGUCAGUCAGUUACUUUUCAAUCAUCAAACAGUCAUCAGUAGUACAGUACAUUCACUGCUAAACUGUGCAAAUGAUUUACUUCACAAUUUGAUAAAUUAUAUUAAUAAUGAUGGCAAAGAUGAUGAGGAUACAAAUCGUUGUUGUGAGCAAAUGGCAAGACUAUAUCGUGAAAUGGGAAGUCAUAAGUCUUUGAUUUGCAAAUAUUCUCCAUAUCUUAUUAUCAAUUAUGUCAAAACGACUCAGGUAGCUACGAUUAACCAAAAAAUGAAGACUUGCUUGGAUAAUGGAAUAUUUUGUAUAUUUGAUACAUGCACAGAAUAUGAGUUCUCCUUACUUAAUGUUUUGCUUGAGAAAUCUGAAAAAGAGAACUAUAUUGUUUUGAGGAGAAAUUUUGAAAAGCAUCAUAAAUAUCAAGGGAAAGCUUAAAUGCUGAAUCAAGCGGGUUGUUGAAUAAAAAUCAAAUGUAACAUUAUUUCAAGUUGGCGAUAAAUUGCAAAUAUUAUGAAAAACAUUUAUUUCGAGUAAAUAAUGUCAAAGAUUUUGCAUUUCCACUUAUUUUAACGUAAUUGAUGCAAUUGGAACAACUGCUUCAAAACUUACAAACAUAUUUUUUUCCAAAAUGCAUUAGAAUAGUAUGGCUUUAAUUGAAUCGGUUAAUCCCAAAGCGGUUCAGUCAAAAAAAAAUUACGAUUUCUUGAGAAUAAGUAGUAUUUCUGAAAUUCUGAAAUGUAAGUUUAGAAUUCCAUGAUAAAAAGGGUUCAAUCCGACGCUCAAAUUGAAAGAAACUCGAUGUUAGAGGAAUAUAAAUUAUAGUAAAAAGAGACUAGUCGUUGACUGUACUCAUAUUCAUUAUAUCGUUAAUUUUAACAUUUGAAGUUUUCUUGUAAUAAGUACAACAAAGAAUUAUGUGUUUUUAUCGGAGCUAAA